CAUCCCCACAUCGCACCCACACCCACAACUCCGGCGGCGGCGACCAGGCGAGAACACCAGCACCAACGCGAUGGCGACUGCGCUCAACCGCGGCCUCCGCUCCGGGAUCCGCCUCCUCGCCAACGGCGCCGAGGCCUCCAAGCCAGCUUCACGUGGAUUCCAUGCUACCGGGGUGAAGAGGAUGGGAGGGCAUGCGGCCCAUGAUGGGGAAUACUACCUCCAUGCCAAGCACAUGUACAACUUGCACAGGAUGAAGCAUCAGAAGCUGACAGCAUGGUUUUCCGUGCUGGGAGCAGUAAGCAUUGGCGUCGGUGUCCCCGUAUACGCGGUCAUCUUCCAGCAGAAGAAGGCCUCUGGAUGAGCUUACGUACACCUAUUUUUUAAUAGCAUUUUCUGAAGUCGAAACUCACUUCACUUCAAUUCUCUGAUUGUUGUUUCGUGUUACUCCAUUUGCUCUUAGCAGAUGCUCCGAAUCUAUAACCUCGUUUCUUGAGUCUGCUUAUGUUAAUAAUACUACAGAGGCUUGAACUAUCCAGGCUGUGGAGAAACCCUCCAGGGUUGUUUUGAGUGUUUCA